GCGGGGAGGGAAAGAGGUCGGACGCUCGGGUGUCACCGACGACGAGGGCGAGGAGCGUCUCUCUGGAGGUGGGGGGCGCUGUGGAGGCGCCGCCAUUUUGUGUGGCGGGUCGUGUGGAAAGGCGGCCGCGUCGGGUAAAUCACCUCCUCAUCCGCCGCCUGCUUUGGGGAAGCGUCUGGCAGAGUCCUGCUCUCCCCCAGCCCUCCAAUUUUUUGUUACUUGCCGGAAUGGUAGCUACCCACUGAGGCUGGCACUGGGAGGUUUCUGAAGCAUUUGCACUUCGUGGGGAGCAAUGGAGUAUGAGAGGAGAGGUGGUCGUGGAGAUCGAACAGGCCGGUACGGUGCUGUUGACCGGAACCAGGAUGAGGCCUCAGAAGGCCGAAACCAGAGGGACCAUGACUACAGAGAUAUGGAUUAUCGAUCCUACAUGCGAGAUUUCAACAGCCAGGAGCCCACCAAUGACUAUGACGACUCCUCUGAGGAGCACAGUGUAGAGGAUUCUUAUGAGGCUUCGUCGGGAUCAGAGACCCAACGCAGAAAACGAGACAGCCCCAGUGAGCAGCUGGGAUUUCCUGGUGAUGGAGACUACCGGGACCAGGACUACCGAACUGAGCAAGAGGAGGAAGAACAGAAGGCUAGCAGCAUCAUCAUGCUGAGGAUGCUGCCUCAGUCUGCCACUGAGAACGAUAUCCGGGCCCAGCUACAGGCACAUGGAUUCCAGCCCCGUGAGGUGCGGCUGAUGCGGAAUAAAGCCUCAGGUCAGAGCCGGGGCUUCGCCUUCGUCGAGUUUAAUCACUUGCAGGACGCUACACGAUGGAUGGAAGCCAAUCAGCACUCGCUCACCAUUCUUGGCCAGAAGGUCUCCAUGCACUACAGUGACCCUAAACCCAAGAUCAAUGAGGACUGGCUCUGCAGUAAGUGUGGAGUGCAGAACUUCAAGCGCAGAGAGAAGUGCUUCAAGUGUGGCAUUCCCAGAUCUGAAGCUGAACAGAAGCUUCCCCCUGGUAGCCGCUUGGACCAGCUGGUGGCUCUAUCGGGGCGUGAACUCAGCCAAGGCCUUCUGCCUCUUCCACAGCCAUACCAAGUGUCAGCAGCCCUGUCUGCUCAGCCUGCGGCCCAGAUGUCUGAACCCUGUGCAGAAAAUGCUAAUGACACCAUCAUCCUGCGAAACCUGAAUCCUCAUAGCACGAUGGACUCCAUUUUAAGUGCCCUGGCGCCGUACGCUGUUCUCUCCUCCUCCAAUGUCCGUGUUAUCAAAGACAAGCAGACACAGCUCAACCGUGGUUUUGCUUUCAUUCAACUCUCCACCAUUGUGGAGGCGGCUCAGUUGUUGCAGAUCUUGCAAGCCCUACACCCACCGCUGAACAUUGAUGGCAAGACAAUUAAUGUGGAGUUUGCCAAAGGUUCCAAGCGGGACAUGAGCUCAUCAGAUGGAAACCGCAUCAGUGCUGCUUCUGUCGCCAGCACUGCCAUUGCAGCUGCACAGUGGGCUAUCUCUCAGGCAUCGCAGGGUUCUGAGGCAGGCUGGGCGGCUCAGGAGGAGCAGUCUGUGGAUUAUGGCUACUACCAGCAGGAUGAGGCUUAUGGUGCUCAAGGUUUAGAGGCCAGCAUGUACUCCCAAGCUUAUCUGAAAGGCUCUCAGCCACAGACUGGCACAUCUGGGGCAGUGCCAGUUGGCAAAGCUGACAAGGUCCACAGUGAGAGCACAGGAGCAGCUGAUGCAUCGCUGGAGCCCGGCGUGCCUGGCAUAGACUCAGUGCCUGUCCUGCCGACUUUUCCCCGUACCACCCAAACCACAGCUGUACCAGUCACAUACCAGCCGCCUGGCAGCAUGGAUGGGACCAGUUCUGCCCAGGGCAAUGCUACUGCUGCUCAGUCUCAGUCAUACACCAUUGUCUCACCAGCUGUGCUGAAACCGGACGUGCCUAGUGCUGCCCAGCCUUCCACUGCCACUCAGUGCAUAUCCACCAGCACCUCCAAUCUACCUGUGACCAGCUCUGUCGGGCAAGAACCUUACAUGCAAUAUCCUGUUCCAGAUGUUUCCACCUAUCAGUAUGAUGAAAGUUCUGGCUACUAUUAUGACCCCCUGACUGGCCUCUACUAUGACCCCAAUUCCCAGUAUUACUACAAUGCCCAGACGCAGCAGUACCUGUACUGGGAAGGUGAGAGGCGCACCUACGUCCCUGCCUCAGACCAGGCAUCUGAUGGCCACAAGGAUGGCAGCAGUUCUGGGGGUGGCAGUGGCAAGGAGGGUAAAGAGAAGAAGGAGAAACAUAAAACAAAAACAGCCCAGCAGAUUGCGAAGGAUAUGGAACGCUGGGCCCGAAGCCUCAAUAAGCAGAAAGAGAACUUCAAGAACAGCUUCCAGCCAGUCUCCUCCAUACGAGAGGAUGAAAGGCGGGAGUCUGCCACAGCUGACGCAGGCUAUGCCAUCCUGGAGAAGAAGGGGGCUCUGGCUGAGAGGCAGCACAGUGGUAUGGACCUGUCCAAGCUUGCGGGGGAUGACAGGCUGAGUCCACCACGAGGGUUAGUGGCUGCCUACAGUGGAGAGAGCGACAGUGAGGAGGAGCAGGAGAAGGCAGCUGACCGGGAAGAGAAACUGACUGACUGGCACAAGCUGGCUUGCUUGCUCUGUCGGAGACAGUUCCCCAGCAAGGAGGCACUGAUUCGCCACCAGCAGCUCUCGGGAUUACACAAGCAAAAUUUGGAGAUCCAUCGGCGGGCACACUUAUCAGAGCAGGAGCUUGAGGCGCUUGAAAAAAAUGACAUGGAGCAAAUGAAAUACCGAGAUCGUGCAGCUGAGAGAAGGGAAAAGUAUGGUGUCCCUGAGCCCCCGGAACCUAAGAAGAGGAAAUACUCAGCGGUGACACCAGCCACUGUCGAUUUUGAACAACCAACACGGGAUGGCCUUGGCAGUGACAACAUUGGCAGCCGCAUGCUACAGGCUAUGGGCUGGAAAGAGGGCAGCGGGCUGGGUCGCAAGAAACAGGGCAUCGUUGCCCCCAUUGAGGCCCAAACACGGGUGCGUGGAUCUGGCCUAGGUGCACGUGGAAGCUCCUAUGGGGCAGCAGCAUCGGAGUCCUAUCGGGAGGCGUUGCACAAGACUAUGCUAACUCGUUUCAAUGAGUCAGAAUGAGCUCUGUGAAGAACACCCAGCUGUACAGUAUUUUGCUGCUCUGUCUCUCCCCACUUCCCUGAAUCUCUCUCACAGCCUUGACACAAUGUUCCUUUUGUCUUUGAUUUUUUUAAUUAAAUGUUAAAAAGGACAA